GGCGCGUCCUCGGCCGUGGUAACAUCUGUCAAACUCCAUUCACAAAUGCAACAAUAGGAAUGCUGAAGAUCUGAACAAGGGGAGCCACUUGUGAUCUAGUGGAGGGUAUCAGCAUGUGGUGUUAUUGUCCCCGGACAAUACCAACAACGGCAUGGCGUUUCCCUACCGUAAACGCUUCUUCAUGCUCUUACUGUUCCUCUGUUUGACAACCUUCAUUUACAUACACUACUACCUUCUCUCAAGCAAGCGGAAGAAGUGGUUGCCCAAGAAUAACUUCCUCCCAAUGGUGCCAACAGAUGUCCGUGAUCAUGAAGAAUAUAUACAAUCAGACUCAAUUCUUGAGAUAGCUCAGGCGAUAACUGGUGGUCCGGUGCUAAUAACUAUCAUCAAUGACGCAUAUCUUCCUUUCACGUAAAGCUGGUUGUGCAAUACGAAGUAUAUGGGUAUACACAAACAGGUGCUUAUCAUUGCAACUGACAAACUGACUCGUGACACACUGACUCGGAUGUGGCCUGACAUCCAUGUUGUCUUAUUGCCAGGAGGUGAUGAGUACAGUGGAGACCAGAAGUACAGUCAUGUUGGGUAUGUGAGGCUCGUGAUCCGCAGGACCGAGGCCAUUCUGGACCUGCUCAAGCACCAGGUGGAGGUCCUUCUGUUUGAGGUGGAUUGUCUGUGGCUUGCAGACCCGAUCCCUGAGUGUCAGAGAGAGAUUAAAGGUUUUGAUCUUCUUGCUACGAGAGUCAGCAACAGACCGGGGAUUCUGGGAGGGGGGUUUCUCUACAUGAUCCCCAACAGCAAGGUGGUUGAUUUGUGGGGGAUGCUGACACAGAAGCUGGUGAAGCUUGAGCAGAAGAUCCUGAAGAUGGAUCACACAGAGCCAUUAUCUGAAGGAGAAAAUGAUCAAACGUACCUGUCCCACCUGAUCAGUAAGAAAUAUGGGGGUAUAAAAGUGACUGCUGUGUCCUUAGAUAAGUUUGCUGAUGGUCGGUGGUACAAAAUGGAUGAAGAGAAAAGGUUGACUCUCCGACCCCUCAUCAUCAACAAUAACUGGGUCACUGGCAAUAAGGCAAAGUUGAGGCGAGCUCGCAAGUUUCACCACUGGUUUUGGAAAAAAGAUGAAGGGGAGUGUGAUUUGAAAUUGGUGAACAGGACCGUGUACUAAUAUCAAAGUGCAUCAAUGUCAUUAUGUGGGGGCAGUGGGGUAGCCUAAUGGUUAAAGUGUCUGCUUGUCACGCUGAAGACCCGUGUUCGAUUCCCCACAUGGGUACAAUGUGUGAAGGCUAUUCCUGGUGUCCCCCGUCGUGAGUGAUAUUGUUGGAGUGAUAUUACUUACCAUACACUUAAGGUUGUUUUGUACAAUGGCACCCAGGUGUCAGAGUGUACUGAUGUCAAGAUGUACUUAUGUUAAAGUGUACUUAUGCCAUGUGACAAGGGCACAAGGACUCCUAUUGCAAAAAAUGUUUGCUUGAUUUUUGCAAAUGAAUCUUGGGCAUUAUAGGACAUUUUCUGGUAUGAAAGAUUUCUAAAUGUAUAUUAACAAUGUCCUUUUGGAUUUAUGAACACCUGCCAAGAGAUCAUAUUCUCAACUUAUAGCUUUAUAAUAUUUCAGCAAAAAAAAGCCUAAACUUUAAGAUUUCCCAUCUUAUAUGCUGACAACUAAUAUUAUGAAUUUGUCAAAGUGACAUUGAUGUUUGAUAACGUCAAUGUCAUUGAUACCAGAACCAAAGUAGAAGAAGAGUUCUUAGGUUUGUAUUUAAAGCAUGGAAUGCUAGUUUAAAUUACAAAGUUGAAAUAAAACUAAAACUGAGAAAAUGUGAACUUAUGAAAAAAACAAAUUAUGAGAAAAAUAAAUUACUAAUUUGCCUGAAUUUGAAUCUGACAUUCGAAUCCCAGAUAGAACAAGUAAACGUUUUCAAAACCUUUUAUUAAUAAUGGAUUGGUUAAUUGAGGAUGUCUUCCAAUCUAGCAUAGAACAAUUUUUGUACUGUCUUAUCUGUGAAAGUUUGAUAUUAAUUUGGGGGUGGGGAGGCGUAGUUGUUAAAGCAUUAGCUUGUCAUGUUGAGACCCGGAUUGGAUUGCCCACAUGGGUACAAUGUGUGAAGCCCUUAUAUCUGUAUGUAAUGUGCAGUCAUCGCUUUAUGUUGUCAUACUUUAGUACUUAUUUCAAACCAAGUUCAUGCAUCCCUCAGGACACCGAUUGUGUUAAGGCCCUGUCACAGCUUUUAGUCAUGAAAUGGGCGGAAGGGUAGCCUAGUGGUUAAUAUGAAGCGUUGGCUCGUCAUGCUGAAGACCAGGUUUGAUUCCCCACAUGGGUACAAUGUGUGAAGCCUAUUUCUGGUGUCUUCUGCUGUGAUAUUGCUGGAAUAUUGCUUAAAUACUCACUCAAACUUUAUCAUUGUUUUGUGGGUUGUGUUGAACGUUGGAUAACUCAAAGUCUUUACAAAGGUCCUUUUGACUGUUCUUUGUUUAAUCUGACUGUGUUGCAUUGCCAUAAAGGGAGGUAUAUUAAUGUUGGAUUCAUUCAAUCUUCACCCCUUGCAUGUUUUGUAUUCACUGCCUUAUUUUUAUGUAUUGGAUUAUUGGUUGCUCUUUGAAUAUGACAGAGGCAUAAUAUUUCAUGAUCAUGAUGUUAUUUUCCUGUAAACUUGUUUGAGGUUCAUGCCAAGUAAUGAAUCUAACAUUGACGAGAGAGACAGUUCUUAUUUGACAUAAUAUCAAGUGAUGCUCUAUUUUAGUUUUCUGAUGACCGAAAGUCCAAGUAAGAUUUAGGUAUGGUGGGUUGUCUGUUGUUUUCAUUUGCACCCCUCUGUGUUUGACUCUCUGGAAUCAGUUAAGUUGAAAACCCAAAAUACAGAUAACCCUCCUAACACACUUUAAUAAUUGUUUUCUCGAGACAAGGCUUUGAGAAGUAGCUGGUGAAGAAAUAAAGGUGUCAUUCUAUGAAUUAACAAUAGUAACAAUUAUUUGAUAUUAUUGCAUUCAACUCACUGAUGAAGUAAGAGAGGGGUAUGCUUUGAAUUAAUGAUAGUAACAAUUAUUUGAUGUUAUUGUAUUCACUGAAUUACUGACUAAAUAAUACAGCUGGUAUAUUCUUUGGAUGGCUGAUAAAGUGUUAGAGCUGGUAUUCUUUGACUUUAUGAUAAAGUAAAAGGGGUGGUAUUCUUUGAAUUACUGAUGAAGCAAUUGAGGUAGUAUUUUUUGAAUUAGCAAUGAACUAAUAGAAACGGUAUUGUUUGAAUUUAUUCUGAAGUAAUAGAGGUGAUAUUCUCUGAAUUAAUGAUAGCAACAUUUAUUUCAUAUUUAUGCAUUUAUCAGAUUCAUAAAGUAAUAUACAGAGAUGGUAUUAUUUGCAUCAAUAAUAGUAAUAACAAUUAUUUGGUAUCAUCAUAUUCAAGUCUCCCAUUGUUGGUGUGAUGAACAACAGGGAGAGUUCUAUUGACAUACAACUUCUGUAUUAUAGUGUAAAUGAUGUUUUGGUGUAGAUGCUAACACCGUUAUCAAACAAGUGAUGAGCAAUGCCUUGGCAAUAUGUUUGUAUGGUUCAUUGUGAACUGGAAAUGUCUUUGUCACUUAUUUGUCUUUUCCUUGGUGUGAAUCAGUAUGAGUUAUGUCGGGAAUAUUGGCUUACCUGAAAGAAUAUCUGCUUUUUUUUUAUCAGAAUGUUUCCUUAGCUGACAGGGUAUUUAAUGCUUCAGAAUGUAUGCUAAAUUUUAUGCAUGUAUUGGUAAUGUUUUUGCUUUAGGAUAAGAAAUAGUAUUGUAUACUAAAAAUGGUCUUCCUUCUCAACCAGGUGAAUAUGGGUAGUUAUUAUGUUUGUAGAUUGGACAAGGGGUCAGACAGGGAUUGUCUAUUGGUGUAGUAUCUUUAUGUGGGUAAAUACGGUAGCUUUUAUAGUAAUGAUCUUGUAUUGAAAUGGUUUAUCUGUAGAUGUUCAUUUGACACUGUGUGAUACAUACAUACAUACCUCCUUGCCUUUCUUGCCAACCUGUGAAGAUUAAGGGAAGAAUUGGUCUUCAGCAACCCAUGCUUGUCAGUCAUAGGCGACUAACAGAAUCGAGUGGUCAGGCUCGCAGACU